AUAAUCUGCCAAUACAGAUGUACUAUCUCUUCUGCUCUAAUUCACCGUGAACAUAACAGCCCAGGUCGAUACAUACUUCCUCUCUCUUCUCACUCUACCUCUCUCCACCACACACGCGCGCGCCGCAGCCUGCAGCUGUAUGCGUCCGUCCUCGCGCCAGCGGGUGGCCGCCUGGCUGCUCGCGCUGUCGUUGGGGAGAGGCGGAGAGGAAUGCGCGCGCCGCGGCCGCCUGGAGAUGAUCUCGUUUUGGUUGCUCUGCUGGAAGCUGUUGAGAGCAACAGCUGGGCUAGGGAGGACAGCUGAGUUAACAGACGGUAACCACGACAACAGUGGCUCCAGCAACAACAACCCUGUCAACGACUCUCCCACUGCUAUACAGCCAACAGAUCCAGUAACCAUGGAGAUCAGCUCAUCGCCUCCGCUAACCCACAUGGAGAGAGAAAAUGUGGUCAGCUGGCGCAGCCAGGAAGUAGAGGAACUCCAUUACCCAGAGGGCCAUACGGUGCAGCUGCCAAUCCGGGGUGACCAGGAGGAAGAAGGGGCUGCAGAAAAGCAAAAUGGGAAAAGAGAUGAAGAUGAGCUGGACUAUCUUGUUUUUGUGAUAGGAGAGGAGCAGGAAGAAGAUAUAGGAAGUGAGAAUGAAGGAGGACGAGACACAGAAAGAGGAGAGGAAGAGGGGGAAGAUGGGGGAAGAGGAAACACAGAGAGAGAAGAGAAGGAGGGAGAAGAUGGAGGAAAAAGAGACACAGAGAGAGGAGAGGAGGGAGAACAUGGAGAAAGAAGAGACACAGAGAAAGGAGAGCGGAAGGGAGAAGAUGGAGGAAGAGGAGACACAGAGAGAGGAGAGGACCAGGGAAUAGAUGGAAGAAGAGACACAGAGACAGAAGAGAAGCAGGGAGCAGAUGUCGGAAGAGGAGACACAGAGAGAAAAGAGGAGCAGGGAGAAUAUGGAGGAAGAAGAGAAGAAAUAGAAGGAAAGGAAGAAGGGAGUAGAGAAACAGAGAAGAAAGAUGGAAGAAGAGUAGAUACAAAAGAAGAGAAAGAAUGGAUAGAAGAGACAGUGGGAGAGAUGGAAGACAAUGCUGUGUCAGCGCUCUUGGUCGUCCAAUCAGAUCCCUCAGAGCAGGCCUGGGCUCAGCACCUCGGCGACACAGAUGACCUCAGCGACUGUCUCCUAGCCGAACUGGCUGUUGUAUACUCCGACAGUGAUGCAGGGGAGGACCAAUGGGCUGGCUCUCCGCCCUGUGAUGUCACCAACCAGGAAGAAGCAGGCUAUGAUGGAGGGAGAGAGGUAGAGGAGAGAGGGAAAGAAGAGGAGGUGGCAGAAGUAAAGAUUGGAAGAGAGGAGCAGAGAGAGGAGGAAGUAGAGAAGGAGGAGGAGAAGUGGGGAGGAAAGGAGGAUGAGGAUGAAGAGCAGAGCUCCAUAGCCAGCUCCACAGACCCUGACAGGAAGGUUCCUGUAGAUUUCUGUGUCCCACAAGAGAGCUACAGUGAAAAUGUCUCCACUGAGCAUGUGGACUUUCUGUUGGCCCGCCAGCAGUGGCGGAAGAUGGAGGAGGAGGUCAAAGGUCAGCCAACCCCCAAACCAGGGCUCAGAGCUCAGGGGAGCUUCCAGGGCACCCACACUUCACUGUACCCCCCCACUCGCAGCCCCCGUCUCAAACGCAGGGAGAUCCAUCCACCAGUGCAAAGGGAGCCACCCCUGUCCUUCACCAUGUCCCCCAGUUCAGAGGACUCGGGCCUGGAUGAUUUGUCAUACCGCAGCCCACUGGACGAGCCAGAGAGUGCGGUGGAGAGAGAGAUCCGACUGACUCUGGAGAGAGAAGAACACCACCGCAGGGAGAGGGGGGUGAUUACGCAGGGCCUAACUACACCCAGAGGCUCCACCCUGCAGACAGGACGAUCUCCACCUAGACCUCCAGCCUGCCGCACUCCUACCUUGUCCAUCUCCCCAUCUCCUUCUUGCUCCUCUUCCCUUCCCCGAUCUGUCUACCAUGAAAUGACAGCCAAUAAUGUCAUCAUCCUGGAGCCCGACAGCUCCGCCUCCAGGAACCGCUUACUCUCCUCUGCUAUAGGGGGCCUCUCCGAUUGGUCCACAAUCCAGGAUGCAGUGCCUUCCGCCAAUGUCAUUGUCGUGGAAACAUCCAAUCUCAUCAUUCGCAGCGCUUCCGAAUUCUGCCUGAGCUCCGCCCCUGUGUCCAUGGAAACACAGGAGAGCACUUUCUCGUCCAAUCCAUUCUUCAAGCUGCGCUCCCUCAGCAGCCAGUCGCUGGUGGAGCAGGAGAUCCGCAUGGUGAGGCAGAGGGAAGAGGAGUGGAGGAGGCAGAGGGAGGAGAUGUGGAGGAGAGGGAGAGAGAGGUAUGAUACUGUGCUGGUGUCUCCAGGCCUCAGUGAUAACAUCACUUACAACGUGCCGGAGGUUUCAGACAGAUGUGUUUCCUCCCCUUCGUCCCCCUCCAGGUCCCGCAAAAUGGAACGAUCCAGUGUGUCUUGUGACCACAAGUGGUAUAGCUAAAUCUCCCCCUCCCUCCAGUUUCCCUCUUCCCUGUCUUCUGUGGCAAGACGACAGAACGCCAUGGCGCAACGAUGGGAGGCCUCCCUCUUAGCCAAUCAGAAGAAGGAGUAAGCAAUGACCACACUCAACUGACAGCCAUUUCGAAGCCGCACUGCAGUGUCUGUAGGACACCUCAUAAGAAGAGGACUAUUUCUUCAUUUAUCUAGUUUGGGUUUCCAUUAUGCUUUAAUGUCUGGAAACGUCCCUUGCAUGAUGUCUGAAACAGUAUGUCACAAUUAAUUAUAUACAAUACCUCUGUAAGGCAUAUCCCCAGGAUGCCUGUCCCAAUAAUAACUGAGUAUAAAAUUGCAAUCAUAAUAAUACUACUCUUUUUGACAUGUGACCCAGAUUUUAUGUAAACUUAGCAGUAUUCUGCGUCAAUAUUUAAUAUUUACAGCACUUUGAUUUGUGGGUGUUUAUGAAUUAUGGGACUAGUACAAUUGUUGAUAUUUGUGGAUUAAUGAUUAUGACUUAAUAUGAUGCAGUGACUUUCAAACAUUAUCUGGGCAGUCCUAUUUUAAUUUCAGAUAUUAAUUUAGCAUUUUGUGUAUUUUAAAGUGAUUAACAGCCCACGACAUGUAUUCAGAAAUGUUCUAGCCAUACAGAGAGUUGAGAAGGUACGUGCAAAAAUGGUUGGGCAUGUUGUAUUCUUUUCAAUUAGUAUUUUAUUUUAAAGGUGUCAACCCAGAAUUUGAAAAUCACUGCCUUAGUGAAAUGCUACAAUGAGCUUGGAUGGUCCAGGUUUCAAUGUGAGCCAUGUUGGCUAAGCAGUGCUAGCUGCUAACUGAAUACCAUUUGGGUCACAGUUGCACAGACCAGAUGGUUGGCCUUUUCUUUGGUAGAGGUUGGUUGUAACCCACAUAAUUCCAGAAUGGGCUGCAGUUUUGUGGGGUCAUGAAAAACCUAUUUGAGGAUAUUGUAGUCUCUAAAUUGCACGUAAUGCUAGUUUUAUUUACUAUUCUGUUAGCAUGGAAUGUAUGACAUACGCACAAGGGCAUGGACAUUUUUUAAUGAAAGCUGUUGAUGUGUUGAUACACCAAACCAUGAUGGUACAAGUUGAACUUGAAUAUAACUGAUAAAACAGUAAAACCUAUUUCAGCUAGUUACCCACUAGUAUAUAAGUUUUGUUAAGCAGUAGUGUGUAUACGACUUAUGAAAUUAGACACAAACAAACAGCCAUCUUGCUUUUUGAACUCGGGUCCUUUGACUAUGACUAUCAGUUGAUGAGCCCUGACAUCGGCGGGCAUUCCAUUUGUCACUUCCAGUCUCAGAACUGGUAAAAUAACACAGAAAGCAAAUUCUGAAUACAAAGUAAAGCACUAUUAUCCUUGCUUCCUCACUUAUAACCUUUUCACACCAAGGGCUCAAGCCAGGUUGAGCUAGGGUCGGCUGUGUGCUUGAAAGGGUUAACCCUCGCCGAUUGACUUGAAGGUUGGACAAGGGUCGUUUUCAAUGUGAAUCGCUAACAACCAGGGCCGGGCAAAUUAUGUGAUUGGUUGGAAAUGGAAGGUGGAUAGUCGUCACCGGUCACUGCACGCUUUCAGUUUCAACAACAACAGCCGAGCGAAGCAGUUUAAAUUAUUUCCCAUGUGCACAGCCAUGUGUGAGCAAAGUCCACUGACAAUCAGUGCGAUUACAUGCACAGCAGGUUAAGUGAAUAACUGGGUUAUGCCAGUUCUCCCUGUAUAGAUGAGCAGUGAUGAAUGGAAAUAAUGACGGGAGUAACUACCGCUGGCAAAGUAGGUGGCGCUCUGCCAACAUCCAGUUGGACAGAAUAAGGCUUUCUUUGCCAGUUGACCUUUGUCAAAAUAACAAAAGCUUCUUUAUUUUUUCUAAAUUACAACAACUUAGAAAGUAAGGGGUCUCUAGUGCGUAAUACAUCUAUUGGUGAACAAUGGCCCCUAUACCACUUAACAGCGUAGAAACGCACGGUGCUCUUGUCAGUUGACUGACGACUUUGUUUGGCUCAUUAUCUGUAACCAGGCAUGAAGGCAUGUUCUUUGGAUUUAACAAGCUAGCUAACUCACAUUAAUGUUAGCGGGCUAGUCGGUCCCUCCGCCUCUUCGUUGAACAAUCUGUUGAGCCAUCUCCCGGUAUCCGCUGCUUAUCUGGGCAACGCGUUUUUUUUAGUAUCACAGCAAUGGUUUGUUUCGCCACAAAUCUGGUAUUUGGUUGUGACCCAGGUCAUUUUCUGAGUCAUCAUAACCAGGGAUUAACCCAUGUUGACUGGCUUGGUUUGAAUUGAUAAAAGAAGGGUUGGGGGUCAAAUAACCUUGGUCAAACCCUGGUUGUUGGAGUAAAAGAGGUAUUACAGUUAUUUGGGCUCUCUGAUUGGUUACACAUUAUGUCAGCUACCUGUAUUACCCAAUACCUUGAAAGGCAGGACAAGGGAAUUACCACAGUGAAAAAGUGUGAUGAGUCCCAUAGCUUUUCAUAGUCACGUUAGCCUCACAUUGUGCUGUGUCUGGGCUGGACCAUUUUUUUGGGCUACACAGCUCCUCUAUCUAUUCUGGAAUUUAUGAAAACACUCUGGCUUUGUAUUUUUUUAUACCAAUCAUUACCAGCCUGGGCGGCACAAAGCCUCGAUAGCAGAGAUAUUGAGUGGGGAGGAAUGAUGUGAGGCAUUAAGCCAGACUUGGUAUAUCCACGAUGUUCCAUUUCUGGGAUUGCUCCGUUGCUGUUGGAAAUUUCGUUGGAUUUCACUCUUUUCAGCCUGAUGCCCGCUCCUUCCGUUUUGUUUGUGUCUGUAUUUUAAACUCUGGUGGAUUUAAGAAGACUAUGGUUGGCAGCUCAUUAGCCCUCUGCUGGGUGAAUCCAGACAGCUAGCUAGACUAUCUGUCCGAUCUGAGUUUUCUGUUGCACGACUAACUCAACCUUUGAACGUACACAUGUUCCACCAAAACAAGUUCCUUCCCCAGGCCUUUUGCAGAGGCACCACAGCCUUUCCCAGUGCUUAGCGCCGCCCAAGACCAUUGUGAUUGGUUUACUGAAAUGCCAAUAAACCAGAGCAUGUUUUUCUCCCAUCCCAAAACAGUGUGUGGACUAGCCAGACCUUCCUUCGCAGCGGAAGAUUCUGCCAGACUAUAAGCACUUCAACAGUGUUCGUGUAAUUACUGUCACUGCCAGAGGGGGAAACAAAGGUUCUGCACUUCAGCUUUAAAACGAGCUGUCAUUACCAAAUAGUUUCAGCCAAAUGGUUUAGAUGUAGAAGUGUUACCAAGGUGCAUAUAGUACAGUCUAGAUUUAAUUGCUACAUCCUGGCCAGACUCUGUUUGUCUGUGGCUCUGCUCUUUCAGCAAAAUAGCUUACUAUAACUAUACAAUAACUAAUAAUCCAAUAUUCUAUUCUAGUCUAGAAAAGAGUUUUACAUAUUUUUAUGUCCUGUCCUAAAGAGAUUUCUUGUACUGUAUUUUUGCUGCAUAUAUUUAUAACUUUGAGUAAUGCUUAUGAAUCCUUAAAGCUUCUGUUUGUAAAAGGUUUAUAAUAUAUUGUGUCGGAAUGAAUUGAAUUGGAAGUCAGACAUGUUUUAUAAGAGAUGACUUCUGUGUGUGCAUGUGUGUUUUAUAGUAAUCCAUCCUCCUUACUGUACCUCAGUUUGGCUUCUGUAUCUCCAGAACAGGCUCACUCUCUGCUUUCCUCAAUAAACUUAACUUCUGUCUGCUGUCCAAUAAAGACGCUUUCAAGUCACCUCAGAAA